GACAGACAUAAAAAAUGGAUAUAUGUGCUGCAAACAAUCAUUUUGCAGUUGAUGCUUUCCAAGAAAUAAGUAGGAAUGCAGUAGGUCAAAAUGCGGUAUUCUCACCGCUGAGUAUAUUUAGUAUACUUUCAAUGGUGCUUAUGGGAACUGGGGGUAGCACAGCUGCACAGAUAAGAAAGGCAAUACACUUCAAAGAUGUUAAAGAUGUCCAUGUGGAAUACAAGAAUCUUUGGGAGAUGUUAGAGAAAAAAAGUGAUGGACACAUAUUAAUUAAUGCCAACAGAUUAUUUGGACAAAAGUCCUUUGAAUUAUUUCUGUCAUUUUUGGAAAAUACUAAGAAUCUGUAUGGCGCAGGCAUGGAACAACUUGACUUUCAUAAUGAUUCAGAAAAAUCAAGGCAGUUCAUUAAUAACUGGAUUAGUCAAAAGACAAAUGGGAAAAUUCAACAAUUAUUGCCACAACAAUCCAUUUUACCGAGCACCGCACUGGUUGCUGUGAAUACAUUAUAUUUUGCUGCAAACUGGACAAAACAGUUUCGUGAAUCAAGGACCCGUGAGGCAACAUUUACCUUACUGUCGAAUGAGCAAGUAACAGUUCAAAUGAUGACUAUGACAAACUACUUCAAAUCAAAAUACAUAGAGAACCCUGGCUUAAAAAUUGUGGAACUUCCAUAUGGAACAAAAGAAGAUUUUAGCAUGGUGAUAAUGAUUCCAGAUAAUAACGUCAUUUUUGAUAAGGUAAAUAAGAUGAUUUCAUAUGAAAAUCUGAAUGCUUGGAUCAGUUCAACAGAUAUGAAGAUGGCUAAUAUAGCAUUACAAUUGCCAAGAUUGAAAGUGGAAAAGAAAAUCUCACUAAAGGAAACACUUAAGUCAAUGGGAAUUAUAGAUGCAUUCAACCAAGUCAACGCAAAUUUUUCUGGAAUGACAAACCAGCACAAUAUGUUCAUGUCAGAAGUAUAUCACCAAACUUCCCUUGAGGUGAAUGAACAAGGGACGGAAGCGUCUAGCUCUACUGGUGCUGUAAUGUCAUUUCGUAGUCUUCCAAAUGAUGAAAUUAAGGCAAAUCGCCCUUUUUACGUUGUCAUCAGGCACAACCACUCAAACUGUAUACUACUUUAUGGAGUGGUAAACAAACCCUAACAA